AUUCUUCAAUCCCGCGCGCGUCGGCUGUGUUAGCCGGUAGCCCUCCCCCCGUCCGAGGUCCGAGUCCGACCGAAGGAGAGAGGCAGCAGCCAUGGCUAAGGGCGGGCUGAGCAAACUCCGGUGCAUGGUCAAGAGGAGGUGGCACUCGUCGAGCCGCAUCGUCUCCCGCGCCCCGUCGCCACCGGCUCACGCCGACGCCGUCGCCGCCACCUCCGGCAACGCGCGCGGCGCGUCGUUCCACGGCGCGGACGAGGCGCCCAAGGGCCUGCACGCGGUGUACGUCGGCAGGUCGCGCCGCCGGUACCUCGUCGCGCAGGAGCUCGUGGGCCACCCGCUGUUCCAGACCCUCGUCCACCGCGCCGGCGGCGCCGGGGGUCCCGCGGGUACCGUCAUCGUCGGCUGCGAGGUCGUCCUCUUCGAGCACCUCCUCUGGAUGCUGGAGCACGCCGACCCGCAGCCGGAGUCCCUCGACGAGCUCGUCGACUACUACGCCUGCUGAACUGCGAUUCCGAUGGUAGAUAGAGUAGACGAAGCAUUGUUGCAGCUCAUGAACGCUGUGUUGCUUUGGCUCGUUGGUUUGAUUUUGGUUCGAUUGGCAUUGGUAUAGUUUUAUUUUAUUUUUUUCGUCACUUCACUUAAUAAUAAGGUCUCUGGAAUCUGGACGAGUGCUUCUAUGUACGCUGAAACAGAGAGAAAGAAAAACAAAUUAUUCUCCCAAUACAA